AUGGCUACAACUAAGCUUUUUAUUGGAGCGCCCUUCGGGGUGCAGUCAGCAAGGUUUGAUGUAGCCGCAGUUGUUCCGCCACCAAAGAAGCCAACUCCUAACUUUCCUCAGGUGUUGUACUCCAAGCACUAUCUGCCAAGCAGGACCCAUAUGGGACCUGGAAUGUACCACUACAGUGAUGGAUCCUUCGAUGAGGAAGAGGUCAAGAAAGCCAUUGGAACUGGAUGGGACAAAGCUCAGGAGGCCACCAGGUUGACCCAGUUGCCUCACUUCCAGUAUAAAUCUGUCAUCAAAGAAAAGCGAUUCCUUGAAGGAAAGAUCGGUCCAGGAUCCUACAACUACAAAGACUUCAUUGAAUUGGCCCAGGAAAAACCAUGCAGCACUGUGGGCAUGCUCAGCUCUGGGGGAGUGCGCUUCUCAAAGAUGGUGGGAUGGCAGAAUUAUUUUCCUGGCCCUGGGAAUUAUGGGAAAGGAGGGAACCCCUACACAGAGAUGGAAGAGAAGGCCUGGGAGCGAUCACACUCCAAAGGAAUCAUGUGCACCAAGGCUAAAAAGGCCUUUGAAGUCUCUGCUGAGGGCAGUGGUUUAUCACCAGGGACCUACACUUUCAAAAGCGGAAUGGAAGAAUUACUGACUCGGACCAUCAGCAAGCGUGGGCCCUAUGAUGUUUUCUCAGGAGACCGGUCCAUGCCUAUUGCCUAUGGGCAUUAUGCCACCCAGAAAAAAAAGCCGUUUGAGCUGUUCUCAUUCAAGAGCUUUGUGGACGAGCUGAAUUCGCAUUCUAGGAAGAAACAUGGAGUCUUUGGAAAGUUGUCCCGGAGCCCAGCCGUGCCCACUGAGAGGAUAUACUGUUCCACGCUUAGCCAGUGGCCCAUCAAACAGUGUAACCUGGGCCCAGGCUCCUACAACCCUAAACCUAUGCCAGGGUAUGAGUUAAGCAACCUGUAUCCAUUUGGCUCUUCUUCUAAGAGGGUGGACCUGAAAUCCUACCAGAACUUUGUUGGAAACACAAACCCAGUGGGUGUUGGACGCUACAACCACACAAAACAUGAAGCGAGGGACCACCAGCAACGGUACCGGUCACUCUACCUGUCCAAACCUGACCGCUAUCCGUGUGAAAACCAAAAGAAGGAAUCAUUCCUACAGCAGCGGCUCACCCCCUUCAACAAAGGGAAGGAUUAUCGGCCUUUUGAUCACAGUUCGGACCCCCCUCCCUCCAGUUCCUCACAAAGAUGUCCGAGAAUAUGGCAUGAGCCAUGCCCUCCAGAGAAGCCUAGUAAUUAAAAGUAGAAGGGAAGCAAGGGAUGUGGGGAACACGGGGUGGGGUAGAAUUUGGGAGAGAAGACACCAUAAAGCUGGGAUUUCAGCUCAGCACAUCAGCAUGGUGUGAGCCCCAGAAAUUGGCUGGGGCACACUUUUGCUUCAAGAGUCAACCAACCCAAGCAAACUGCAGGUGGGUGGCAUUUGGGAAGAGGCCUCCUAGCUAUACCUUUUCAAAAAAGAUUUUCUGGGUUUUGGUGCAUUAAAGUAUAGAUUAAGGGGAAUACAUAGAGCCUCUGUCAGGACUGAGCCAGGUGUAUCAGGAAGUGAGUAGAGCAUCGGGCAAAGCUCUGGGUGUGUGGGUGUGUGGGUGUGUGCAAUUCAUGAGUGUGGUCUGGAGAUGCUUUCAACCUAAGAUGCUACCCCCUAGCUAGGGCCUUGUGACCAAAGUGGGGCUGGGAGGGAUAAGGAAGUAAGGAAGAAAGGUAGAUAAGGGUGGGCUAGACAGGAGGUAGAGAGUUUCACAGGUAGGUGUCAAGAGGCAACCUGUGCUGAAUUAGAGUCAGAGCUCUGGGUUUGAGUCUGAUUCUGUGGCUUACAAGUAAGUCAUCUCUUUGUCUCUGAGCCUCAGCAUCUGCAUCUGAAAAGUGGGGAAUUGGUAAUAUUAAUGCUCUCUACCUCAUGUGAGCAAAGUGCUUGGUAAGCCUUAGGAUGCUAUCUAGAAAUGAGUAACUGGAGAUCUGGAAAAAGGCCUGGAGAAAUCAAGAGAGCUGUCCAAGUUGAUUCAGCUGCUCCAUUUUCAAGCUGGGAUGCCUGGAGGAAGGGGUGGAGACUUAAUACUGUCUCUUAAAUGAUAUUCUCCUAUUCUCUCUACCAAUUUUCUGACUGACUACUGUCACAAUUGAAAUUAAGGCAAACUGAGGCACAGAGUUCCAAGCAAGUGCAAUCUAUUCAUAAGGACAGCAAUUCCCAAUAAAAGGGUCUUUAGCCCCUCAGCAAGCCAAAAGACAUAGAAUGAGGGCAGACAGAUCAUUUUUUAACAGACAAAAGGAGAAGCAUCCAAAAGCGAAAAGGCAGCACCAUUAAUGGGGAAAACAGUAUGACUGGCUACAAAGCUUGUAGCAUCACCAAUAGUAAAACUAUAUGACUGGCUAGAGAUUUGAAAUGUAGGGCUAGCAACAAUCCCUUCUUCCAUCUUUCAGUAUGGAAAGCUCAUUGGUGGUGUCCACCUGCGUGGCUAGUUAACCGUGUCACAGUGAUAACAGACCAGACUUUCUUGAAGCAUAAUCAGUGUCACAGAGAUUAACAGAGCAGACUCCCUGGCAUCUACCUGCAUCCUUCAAGGAUAACAGAUUUCCUUGACACAAAAAUAGAGUAGUUAUUAGCAGGAAAAUUGAACCUCUAAACUCAAUUAACUCAGAGAGGAAAGCUGAACUUCUGAACUUAACUCAGAGACAAAGAAACCUGACUUAGGAAGUAUACAAAAUGUUGACAGUGAUACAAAAUAAACUCAAUUUUAAAAAUGGAGAUGAUAUCAAUUUGAUUUUCUCACUAUCUAUAUCCUUCUUCCAGAAAUUGUUAUCAAGGCUGCAACUCUCCACAUCAACUAAGAACCAGUUCUCUUAGGGAUCUUCUUUUGUUCCUAGAUAAAAACACACACAAAUUGAUUAUUUUUAUUUAUUGGGGUUCAACCUACCUGGGCUGCAAGAGAGACAGAGAAAGAGAGAUAAGACAGACGUAGACAGAGAGCAAGAGGGACGUUUUGUAGAGGUUAUCAGGCAGACAGGUAGGUGGUGAGUGGAUAGAGAGCCACCCUUGGAGGCAGAAAAAGCUGGGUUCACAUCUAACCUCAGGUACUAGCUGUAUGAUCCUGAAUAAGUCACUUAACCUCUGUCUAGCUGGGUAUAUUUAGAUUGGGGCAGAGAAGGCUCUGGAGGGACACAACUGUUUUCAAAAACUUGAAGGACUGGAACUUAUUUUGUUUGAGAGCAGAACCAGGAGCAAGGGGGAAGCCACAAAGAGGCCAAUUUCAAUUUGAUGGCCGGAAAAACUUCAGUGAUUAAUAAUUGUCCUAAAGUGGGACAGGAUGCUUUUAUUUUCUUAUCCCGUCCCUCUCCCACCCACUG